AUGCCACUCAAUCAUGUGUUGCUGAUAGGUGCCGCCGGUAACUUGGGCAGUCUAGUCCUCAAUCACCUCCUCGCUUUCCCAUUCAAAUUCAACAUCACUGUCUUGUCUCGCAACUCAUCGACCGCCAAAUUCCCAUCUUCCGUGACAGUAUCGCGGAUUAGUGAUGACUAUCCCUCUUCCGAAUUAGCCAAUGCCUUUAAAGACAUUGACAUAGUCAUCUCCGCCAUCUCCAUGACCGGAAUGCAUCACCAGUACAAAUUCAUCGACGCUGCCAUUGCUGCAAAGGUCAAACGGUAUAUUCCGACCGAAUAUGGCCUGGAUGAUCUCCCCGAUUGGCUGAUCGAAAUGAGGCCUAUGUUCCGAAUCAAACAUGAUGUGCGAGAUUAUUUGGUCUCAAAGGAAGAGACAGGGUUAGAGUGGACGGGAAUUGUUUGUAACGUCUUCUUCGAAAUGGGCGUCAUGUCAGGAUUUUUCCAAUUCGAUUGGAAGACGAAGAAGGUCCUGCUAAUAGACGGUGGCGAGACUAAGUGGGUGGCCACCACCUUGGAUACCGUGGCACUGGCGGUGGUGAGGGCACUUGAGAAGGCUGAAGAAACGAAGAAUCGGCUGCUCUUGAUACAAGACUUUAGGGUGAGUCAGAGGGAGAUCCUGGACGCAAUACAGGAAAAGACGGGGCCGUGGCAGGUAGAAAAUGUUGAGUUUGCGAAGUGGCUUGAGGCGGGAAAGGAGAAGGUCCGGGACGGCGAUGACAGUGCGAUGCCUAUGUUAACCUUUGCGACGGUAGUGACGGGGAGUCAGUGGGAAGAGAGAAACGAGUUUGCAAAUCAGUUGCUGGAGCUACCUACGAAGUCAUUCAAGGAUGCAAUGGAUAUAGUUCUGAAGGAUGUUUGA